AUGUCCUCGGGCGAUGAAAUGAACGCAUGGAAGACCACGACGCGUCCCAAGCACCGUAAGAAGCAGCGCAUCGCGUCUCCAGAGCCGUCCACGUCUAAGCAACCAAGUAAGCGCAAACCCAUAACAGACGACGACGACGACGACGACUCGAACGAUAUCGAGCUCAUCGAUCCGCCACCAAACCCACCCUCAAAUACGACUCGUCCACAAAGGAAGGAGGGGAAGGGGAGGGCAGCAGAAAGUCGAGUCAAUGGGAAGGUCCUAGAUAGCCAGCAAAAGACCAGGCCAGAAAGUCAGUCGAAGGGGAAAGCACCAGAGAGUCAAACAAAGGCAAAAGACGGUCACGUCAAACCAAAACCCGUCAAACCUGCUGCCAAAAAUCAUCCUUCCUCAGAUCCCAUCACUGAAGACCCCUCAAACCAUAGUGACCCGGAGCAUGAGAAGCCAUCCCUGAGCCCACGUGUUCACAAGGAGCUUGAGCGGUGGAAGGUAAAGGCAAAAGAUUUAGAGGAUCAGCGCGACAAACUCUCGCAACAACUCGAGGAACUCUUCCAGGUCCGCAAGACAGAAGCUGAACAGGCUCUCGAUGACCUUACGGCUUUAUAUAAUAGUCGUUCAAAAACACAAGAAUCCAUCAUAUCAGCCCUCCAAGCACAACUCGCUUCUCAAUCGCCCUUCUUCCGAACAUCUGAACCCGAGCUCAAUCCUCCAUCCCCGUCGACACACCCGCCACCUAAUUCAACCACUCCAGCCAUUCCUCACUUCCUCACUCGCGCUACAGCUGAUACGGAACAGCGCACGCUGCACGAUGAGCUCGCACGCAUGCGGGAUGAGCUCACAGCUAAAGACGCACUUGUCAAAGAGCGUGAACGGCAAAUCGCUGAGCUUCAGCAGAGCGUGAAAGACAUUCGCGUUGAACUUGAUGCCGAGAUUGCGCGCUCAAAGGAGCUUCUCGCACGACAACCACACCCUCACUCCCAACAUUCGAGGACUUUCCCCUCCGCAGCUGACCCAGCACAGGCUGCAGCCAUCCGUUUCUAUGAGGAUUUUUCAAACCUCUUGGUCUUGAACAUCAAAUGGGAGCCGCGUGAGGGCGUGGAACACGAUAUCGUGCAUACAUGUAUGUACACGUACGUUGCGACGGUGAAGGAUGAUGAGACCGGAGGGUUGGAGUUACUUGAGAGGACAAUAUCCUUCUCCCUCCGUGCCUACACCGACCCGUCGGAGUCCGAAGACCCUGAAAUGGACCGGCGUGUCAAAUAUACUCCUCUCGAGCUCGACAAACUGAGCGAUGAGUUCAAGGAACGCCUUGGCUUCCUAGCGAGCGGGUUUACGUUCCCGCACAAACAGGCUGCGUUAUUUUUGGGGAGCCUGACACGCCAGAUGGAGACUGCCUUUGACCAAGAGAGGUCGGAUGACGGAAUGGUAGUCGACGAGCGUGAGGGAAGGAGAGAAAUCCUGGAUGUGGACGAUAUUUAGUGUUGCGAGGGGCGGGUGUAUUACACCGCAAUAUACGACGGGCGAGCCGCGGAUUCACAGAUGGGCCGUCAAUGUUUACGAAUCGUUUGGUUUAUGUACGUUCCAUAUUACCCUACGGUGAUACCCGAUAUGCACGUAGUAUGUAUAUACUGGCACGGUACACCAAAACUGGCGUGUACUCUGCCAGCACAUUCAUUUCUGUAGAUUCCUGAUUAUAUUGCUGAUUACGACCAGGGCAUAAAGUUGCCAUGA